CCAAAUCCGAUCGCAAAGAUAUUAUUUCGGAAUUCCAGUCAAAGUUUUCGAGAAUAGUCGAUAGAGAAGAACAAGAUAACUUUAUUACAAAACUUUAUCGAAACAAGAUGAGCAUUAUGCCUUGGCCUCUUUUCAACAAACCGGACUUUUAUAAUAAUUUCAAACAAUUAAAAACUAAAUUAGACGGACAAGAUUCUAAAUAUAAUAACGCGAAAAUAUUUGUAGAGAAAGCAAAGGUUUUAAUGACGAAACUAAAAGUUUGUGAUUGGGGUAGUGUACAAGGAACAUUGAUUACAAUGCGUACUCUGGAAUUGAAAAAAUUUAUGCAAGAUGCGAUAUCUCUUGGCUAUGAGCAAAAAGAAGAAGAUCCAUUUUUGUCGUCUGAAAAUCCAGCGCAACCAGCCUAUGUCAUAAAACAUUUAAUGGGACGAGAUGAUGGAAAAUCGAUACCCGAUCCUGAGCUAACAUUUUUAGAUCCUUUUGACGAGCCAGUUGAAUUAAUGCCUGAUGCUGGAUUAAGAAAUUUCUUUGAAGAAAAAAUUCAAGCGCGUGAUCAAUCGUCCGACUCUCAAUGGUUUGAUCGUUUAGAGGCUUUUUCAAGUCGACAUAAUGAUAAUAGAGAUGAUACGAAACACGACUGUUUGACUGAUCAUGAAUGUCAUUCAGUUUGCCAAUUUAAAGACACCCAUUCUGGCGAAGUUGCGCCAAAAUGUAUAAAAUUUGCUGGACAUGAAGGAUAUCACUCUUGUUCAGCAAGUCAUUCAUGCGGGCAACCUUGUAUAUAUAGUGGAAAGAGGAAUUGUCAGUCAAAUUGUACAAAAGAUAUUGACCAUGAAAAUAUAUCAGGAAAUGAGAUUCAUUUGUGCGAGUCAACCCGUCAUUACUGCGGUGCUCCUUGUUCAUUAGAGACUGACACCCAAAAAGGAAAUUAUAAAUGUCAUAAUACGUGCAUAAUCCCUUGUGAAGAAUCUCAUGAUGUACACAAAUGUGAGAAUGAAGUUUGUCCAAUCGAAUGUCCAAUAAAAAAGUGUCGUCGAAGAUGUGAAAGUAAAAAUCAUUUCCAUGCAUUCGAGGGAAAUAAUAAAAAUUUUAGUGAAGAACAUCAGUGUCCCGAUGAAUGUGAAGAAUUGGGAAUUUGUAAAGUUGUCCUCGAGCCAUCUAAAGAAGAAGUAGAAUAUGUGAAUAAAUUUGAAAAAUUCAUGUUUACCAAGUAUUCCCAAACUUUCCAAAGACUUUCUUGUUGCAUCAAGAUACCUCCAUAUGAAUUCCAGCAUGAAGGAAAACAUGUGCACGAGAAAUUACACGAAUGUGAUGCAACCUGUCCAAACGAUUCAGGCAAACAUUGUACAUCACCUUAUGAACAUAAUGGCGAACACGAGACUGCUCACGGAAAUAUGUAUUUGACAUCAUUCACGUGUGAAGAAGAUGAAUUCGAAUUUGAAGGACACCGAUUAAAUGUCGGCGAUAGAGGCGAUUUUGUAUUAUGCCAUAAACUUUGUGAAAAUGAAGGUCGUCAUCGUCAUAUAGAUUAUUGCAUAGAUCCGACUGUUUGCAGAAGUCUCGCUGAUGGAAGAAAAGAAGGGAUAUUAGAUCACAUAACGGCAAAAUUAAGGCCCGAUCCGAAUCGCAAGAAAGACUAUAUAUCACACCGUGUUUUCUGGGAAAGAACUAAAUUCCGAGACCCAUAUAAAGACAGCCUCGAAAUUUUUAAAAAAUGUGAUCAUGAAUGCAUUGACGAAAAACAUCACAAUUGUAAUGAUGGAAACGACCCAGUAAGAUCAUUCUGUACUCAGGAACUGUUUCAUCCGAAAUUAGAUCCAACUUCAAAUCCGCCAGGAAAUGUUGGAUAUAUAUCAAUAGACGGUCACCAUUUUUCUUGCGAAGACCCUGCGAAUAAUGUUGGCGAUUUCCAUAUUGUAUUCGUCGUGGAUAGAAGUUACUCUAUGAUAACUGAUGAUUGCAAGCCUCUUUGUAGUAAAACACAGACAUCUCGUUUGAAGCAUAGUCAUAACAAUCGAUUAGGCGCUGUCUAUGACGUAGUAUAUAAUUUUAUUGAAACGCGCAAAAACUCUCGAAAAGCUACUCGUGUUGGACAAUCAGCUGUGGAUAAGGAUAUUGCUUCCCUGGUUUUGUUUGAGACCACGGCAACUAUCGUUUUUGAAAAUAGUGGAUUAUCUGAUACAGAUGGGCUUUUAAACAAGAUGAUAAAAUUCACCCCAGCUGGAUGUACUUCUUAUCGUGAUGGAAUUAAAAAAGCAGCUGAAGUUAUUGACAAAUACUUUGAUCAAAAAAAAACCAACGUGAUUAUGUUUCUGUCUGAUGGUGAAUGUAGUGUACCGGAAGAUGAACUACGAAGUCUCUGUCAAAGAGAGGCUGACAAGGGUUCUCCAUUGUAUUUAUAUACAGUUAUGUUUGGUACUAUUAGUUCUUACGGCGCAUCACUUAGAACAAUGGCGAAUAUUGCAGCAGAAUAUCAUCCUCGAUCGACUAGCAAAGACGCCUUAAGAUGUCAAUAUGCGAUUGCAAAGGAUACAAUCAAACUCGCUGAUCACUUUACUCGAGUAGCUGAAAGUUUGCGAAAACAUCAACCAAUGCUCAUGAGGAAAUAA